CUUUCCGAAGGCUUAGUAACAAAAUGGUAUCGCUCCCCCCGCCUCCUCCUCUCGCCAAACAACUACACCAAAGCCAUCGAUAUGUGGGCGGCUGGCUGCAUCCUGGCCGAGAUGCUGACGGGAAGGAUGCUCUUUGCUGGGGGUCACGAGCUGGAACAGAUGCAGCUUAUUCUGGAGACGAUCCCCGUUAUCCAUGAGGAAGACAAAGAGGAGCUGCUCAAAGUGAUGCCCAUGUUCAUCAACAGCACCUGGGAAGUGAGGAAGCCGCUGCCGAAGGUACCUGAGCUUGUUUCUCUCUGCUUCACAGCUAUUGAUUUUCUGGAGAAGAUACUGACGUUUAACCCUAUGGAUCGAUUAACGGCUGAGAUGGGUCUGCAGCAUCCUUACAUGAGUCCGUAUUCCUGCCCCGAGGAUGAACCAGUGUCUCAGCAUCCGUUCCGGAUUGAGGAUGAGAUUGAUGAUAUUUUACUGAUGGAAGCCAACCAGAGCCAGAUGUCUAACUGGGACAGGUAUCACGUAAGCCUCUCCUCUGAUUUGGAAUGGAGACACGAUAAAUACCACGACAUGGAUGAGGUUCAGCGGGACCCCCGGGCAGGGUCUGAAUCCAUCGCUGAAGAAGCACAGGUUGAUCCACGGAAAUACUCACAGAGCAGCUCAGAGAGGUUCUUGGAGCUAUCCCACUCCUCCAUGGACCGAGUAUUUGAUGCUGAUUGUGGGAAAUCGUGUGAUUACAAAGUGGGCUCACCUUCCUACUUGGACAAAUUGCUGUGGAGAGACAAUAAGCCCCAUCAUUACUCAGAGCCCAAGCUAAUUUUAGAUUUAUCCCACUGGAAAAGAGCAACCAUAGCACCCGCAGCUGAGCUAUCGCUGGAAGAAGAACCAUCCAACCUCUUUCUGGAGAUUGCUCAGUGGGUGAAGAGCACACAGGUGGGUCUCGAGUGUCCCAGUCCUCUUCCGGAGAUUCAGGAACGGAGCCUGCCAUCUUCUCCUCACCAUCUCCACAAAGAACCCACAGAGGUGAACAGUGAAACAGACCCUGAGUUUGACUUGGACGUCUUCAUCUCCAGGGCACUGAAACUUUGCACAAAACCCGAGGAUCUUCCAGACAACAAGCUCAGUGACAUCAACGGGGCCUGCAUAUCUGAGCACCCCGGUGAGAUUGUACAAACAGAGGUGUACCAGAAAGAGCGAUGGUGA